AUUUAAACGGAAAUUUUUAUGUAAUUAAAAGUUAAAUGACAGCAACGCUACCACAUUUUUGUGUAAAAUGGCGCUUCGUAUAAAUGGUUUUAUGCAUUGCAGGUGUUGUCUGGUCUGCUUAUUUCCACGUGCGUGUCAAUAUUAGUUUUAUAUUUCAAAAAAAAAAUUCAUAAAACAAAAUUUUAAAAAGAAAAAACAACGGUGUGUUUUUUUGCAAAAAGCUGAACAAGAAAAUUUGAAAAUGGCAUGUUCUAAUCACGCAUACAAUAUUAAUAUGGCAACUUCUAGUGCUUCCUCCGAAAGUAUGAGCGCUGAUACUUUAAAGAACAUCCAAUGGAGCCAGGAGUCGUUACCGCUCUCUCAAUUUGUUUCCAGGUAUCCCUUGCCACAGAUAGUUCAGGUGGAGGAAGGAUUUGAUGGAGGUUUAGAUGAUAACUCCCUCAGUGCUGGACAAGUUUUAAAAAUUCACACUUUAACGACAGAACGUAAAGUUUUAUGUUACGAUCGCCACGACAAAGAGCUUCACAUACCACUGCACACACCUCAGAAAGUAAUUUUAAGACCAGAAAAUUAUGAUACCGUAUACCAACGUGUAGCAGAUUUGUCACGUGCUCGCCCCAUACCUCAUUUCGUGGAAGUAACGCGUGGAUACUACAAUGUUGACAGUAAUGUUAACUACGAACUUUCGGUGGAGCCUGGGGAGAAAUUAGAAGUGAUUACAGACAGUACUAGUUUAAAUUUGACUCGAUUAUCCAAGAAAAAGUUUAUGACUUUUAAAAACAGGGAAGGCGUAGAAAUUAAAAUACCAUUCGAUUGCGUAGCUGGUUUUAAACCGUUAAUUGAUAACAAGUCUCACAUAUUAACCGACGUUAUCCCAAGUGAGACGAAUAAUUCUACAUAUCCGUUUCAUUUUGAAUUUGUCAGCGAAAACGAUUCUCACAAAAAGUUAGGCGUACUUAAGUGCAUGUCUUCCUAUGAUGAUAAACUAAUUAUUGCAUCCAGUGGACUUGGUAAUGUUCAAGUCGUUUUUAUGAUACCACGUGAUCUUGAUGUUACUGUUAAAGUAGCAGUUGGUACGUUGACUGAUGAUCCCCACUACGAGAAUAUAAAGUCAUCGUUUCAUAACUUUGAAACAAUCGAAAACGAUGUCCAAAAUUCGCGCGUAAGUCAAGUAUUCAGUACGUCAUCGGAAAUCUCUGGGUUUACAUAUUCUCCUCCACCGAUCUCAAAAGUUGCAUUUAACUACUCGGCAUGGGAAAAAUUUGAGCAUACAGAUAAAUCUUCCUCUCCCCAGACCUCUCUUCCAAAACAAAGAUACGAACAGCGUGCAAAGUCUGUUGACGAAGCAAUCCAAAUAUCUGCGUUAAAUGUGCCAAUCCCGCGAACGAAUCGUUCUAACUCGGCUGAUCAAUCAGAAAUAGCAUUUCAUAUUGGGGAAUUUCAAACAAUAGCAUCAAAACCUCAACCUGUAGAACCCAGUCCUGAACCCUUAGUGCCCAAUCCCCAAGCUAAGUUAGAUAAAAGUGAUUCGUCAUCUUCAAGCGAAGUGGAGCAAGCGAAAGUCAGUGACAUGAGUGUUUUCGAAAUAUGCGAAGGUUUGAAGAAUAUCAAAAUGGCGGACUAUGUAGUGAAGAUGUUCGAAGAAAACCAAAUCGACGGAGACUUGUUUUGUCAACUGGAUUUUGAGGAUUUUCAAGAAAUGGGAUUAAAAAGACUUGAAGUCAAGAAAUUGUUUUCAUUUCGAGAUGGCUGGCGUCCAAAAUUAAAAUAAAAUUUUAAGUAUUAAAAACAAAGACGCGAAUAGAAUUAGUUUUGUGAAAAGAUUAUUGGCGAAAAAGGGGAAAACUUGAACAAUGAAGCCAAAAGAAAGACAAAUAAAAAAACAAAAACAAAAACAAACAAAGCUCAAAAUAAAAAAGGCAAAUUUAAACUUCUAGUAUACUUUGCUGAAAAUGACGUACCGCGUUUUUUUAACAAUCAACGGUCAGUUUUAGAUGUGAGAAAUCCGGAAGUUUUUUCGAAAAGGUUUGCUGUAUAUAUGAAAUACUUUUAAAUAAAAGAACUUUUGAGUCAA